AUGGCCCGUUACGUGACACUACUUCUGCUGCUGUUGGCUUUGUGCGUAAUGAGCGCAGAAGCGUACAAAUGCAGAUGCACUCGCAAAGGGCCGAAGAUCCGCUACAAGGACGUGCAGAAGCUGGAGAUCAAACCCAAACACCCGUUCUGUCAGGAGAAGAUGAUUUUAGUGUGGUUUGGCAGCCGCCGCCGCAGCAGCCGCAGCAGCCGCAGCAGCAGACGACAGAUGGUGUGGAUCCAGACAGUGCUCUCUACUGCCCCCUACAGACCACUCACAGAUGUCCUCACGCACAAACAGGUGGCUCUGGCUCCACACGCAGCAGGUGAUAACAAACGCCAAGAGCAGAACGAGCAGAAAGAGCAGAACGAGCCCGAGUCGGAGGGAAUAAGGAACAGUUAG